GUCGAUUGAGUGUGUAUUGUUAGAUUUACAAUUGGAAAUAAUGUGUUGUUAUAAGAUUGUUUAAUCAUGUUUGACGGCGUCCUCUUUACAAAGUGGUAAACAACACUUGGAGCGGGCAAUCGUCCGAUGGACACGUCACUAGGCUCCCCUCCACUGUUCUAUAAAUAGAGGCGCAUGCGCAGCGGAGCGGGCAUUCUUGAAGUGAGCGUCGCUCGGUACACAGGCUGUAUUAUAGUUGUUACUAGUUAAUUAAUAAUUAAUUAAAUGAACAUUGUGACUUACAUAAAAAAAGGUAAAGUAAAAGAAAUUGACAGUACGAUUGGUGUUUUAUUAAUAAAAUGGAGGACCUUAUUCCGACAUCAGAAGUGGGAUCUCCACCCCAGGAUCAAUCACCGGGUGGUUCAGUAGUCGAACCGCCGUCACUAUCUUCCGCUGGCAUGGAAGCAAUUUUCAUGAAGAUUGCUGAAAAACUAACCGCCUGUCGACCUGUGCAGAAUACAGCAACAAAAUUUGUGAACUUUGAUCCAGAUGAGCCAGAAUCUGAUGUAGAAAAUUGGUGCACGUUAACCGAAAUGAUCAUCGAGAAGAAAAAAUUAGAAGGUGUUGAUCUGAUACUUGCUCUCACGCACUCACUGAAAGGCCGCGCUGCUACAUGCUUGACUAAGAUACCUCCUGAACAAUUAUCAUGGAAAACUAUCAAGGAAGUACUGAUAUCAAGGUUUUCUAAACCCAUGACAAUACAAGACCACUUUGACCAGAUAAUAAAAUUUCAAAUAGAAACCAAAGAUAAUCCAGGUGAAGCGGGAAUGCGCCUGUGGCAACUAAUAGAAAAAAUUCCUGGAGCGAAUUUGCCUGAGAAAGUGAUCACCGGAUUUGCUAUUUCUGUAUUGUCACAAUGUGAUGAGAAAAUUCGUCGAGAACUCAACUCUGUCGUUAUAAAUGAUAAGCAUCAGCUAUUUCGUACACUACGGGGUUUCACACUUAAACGCAAAAAUGAAGAACCCGCUACAAGUGACCCAGACAUGAAACGUUUCCAAGGUACAAUUCCUUUUCGUGGAACUUGUAAUUUCUGUGGAAGAACUGGACAUCGUGGAAUUGAGUGCCGUGACAAACAGCGGCUGUACUUAAAAAGUACCAACCCAGCUAGAACUGACCAACUACGCCAACCUGCACAAAAUUCUCGUCCUCAAGCGACUUGCUACGUGUGCAACGAUCCUGGACAUGUGGCUUCUGCGUGCCCUAUGCGUUACAAAAAGCAAAACUUCGCUCCAACUGCUACACCCGGUUCGAGCAAGCAGGUCAACAUUUGUAGCAGAACUUCACAUGGUACGUAAGAUAAGUGGUUUUGAAUUAUCCUUUAUAUUUGAUUCUGGAUCUUAAUGUAGUUUGAUAAAGCAACAUUAUAGUCAUUUAUUGCAUGGCUGUCGGUUUCAUGAACAGGUUAUUGUAAAGGGCGUAGGGAUUAAUAAUGUUAUUUCCACCUUACAGAUUAGGUGCCCCACUGUACAGAACAUUACAUUCGAUGUAUUAUAUCAUGUAUUACCAACAAAUAAUAUUUCUGAAAACAUUUUGUUAGGGCGAGACAUUCUAGAGACUGGUUUAACUGUAGAAAUAAGCGAUAAUAAAUUACAAUUUACUAAAAAUAAAUUGUCCAACUUUUGCACCAAGUUGGAACCAUUUCACCAAGAUACAAUUGACACUGAUUUAAUUGGAAACGACAGACACCGUUUAGUAACUAUACUUGAGAGAUAUUCUAAUUCUUUUAUUCAGAAAUUACCAACCACUCGUGUGUCCACUGGUCAUCUUAAAAUAGACCUAAUAGACCCUUCUAAAACUGUUCAUCGUGGGCCUUAUAGAUUGUCCCCAUCUGAAUUAAAUAUCGUACACGAGAGGAUACAAGAAAUGUUAGAUACUAACAUAAUUAGAGAAAGUUCUUCACCAUUCGCAAGCCCUAUUCUUCUAGUGAAGAAAAAGGAUGGAAGUGAUCGAAUGUGUGUAGAUUACAGACAGCUUAAUAGUAAUACACGUCCAGAUAGUUACCAUCUUCCAAUAAUUAAUGUUCAGAUAGAUAAGCUUCAUGGGGCUCAUUACUUUUCUAUAAUUGACAUGGCCCCUAGUUUCCAUCAAAUAAAAGUCCACCCGGACUCAAUUGACAAAACUGCCUUUGUUACACCAACAGGCCAAUAUGAGUUUUUGACCAUGCUGUGUCAGAUAACGAUAGGUAUGAAUUAAGACAAAUAGAUGGUUCUAACAGGGUGUAUAAAUAUGCCCAUAAAAAAUUUACGUGAGGUACCACGCGGACCAUUCGGCUUAUUAGAAAUAUCUCAGAAUUACAUUGACGAUGACGUGACGGCAUGUACAAAAAAUUAUGACCUUUUUCAUGAAAACGAUAGCAGAGUACCGAUUUGUAAUAAUAGCGAUACUUUGUCAGCAAAUAGUGUUACUUUAUCUGCGAAUAGUGAUACAUUGUCCGUUGCAAGUAUCAAUUCUGAAGGUUCUUCUUCCUCCAAUAAUUUACAUUCAGAACAGAUAACAGUUGAUGCCACUGUACAUGAAGUAAAUGAGAUGAAGUGAAAAAAAAAA